CUUGCUAACCUAGCAUUGGUCGUUGUGGUCACUUUAUAGCUACAAGACUCUGGCUCUUCCACAGCAAUAAUGAAGUUCGUUAGGUUUAUAAUGAAAAACGCCGCCUUGGCCAGUGUGCCCAAACACAUCGAACAUUUCUCUAAAUUUUCUCCUUCACCGCUCUCCAUGAAGCAAUUUCUCGAUUUCGGUUCCAUCAACGCCUGUGAGAAGACAUCCUUUGUCUUUUUGAGGCAGGAGCUCCCUGUAAGACUUUCAAACAUUAUGAAGGAAAUCAACCUGUUGCCUGACAAGCUGCUCACAACCCAAUCUGUGCAAAUAGUGCAGAGCUGGUACAUCCAGAGUUUAAUCGAGAUCCUUGACUUUCUUGACAAGAGUCCUGAUGACUACAAAGUCCUGGGAGAGUUUGUUGACACCCUAGUAACCAUCAGAAACAGGCACAACGAUGUAGUGCCGACUAUGGCACAGGGUAUCAUAGAAUACAAAGAGGCUUUCCCCCAUGAUGCAACAACCAACCAGAAUAUCCAAUACUUUCUGGACCGCUUCUACAUGAGCCGCAUCUCUAUUCGCAUGCUCAUCAACCAGCACACUCUUGUUUUUGACGGUACCCUCAACCCUGUCCACCCAAACACCAUUGGGUGCAUUGAUCCUCACUGUGAAGUCGGAGAUGUAGUCCAGGAUGCCUUCCACAGUGCCAAGAUGCUGUGUGAGCAGUACUACCUCCGCUCCCCAGAUCUGAUACUACAAGAGAUGUGCAGCAACAAGAAGAAGAACCAGCCGAUGAGCAUCGAAUACGUGCCCUCUCACCUCUAUCACAUGCUGUUUGAGCUCUUUAAGAAUGCUAUGAGGGCCACCAUUGAGACCCAUGACCACAGCAACAACCUUCCACCCAUUCAAGUCAUGGUGUCUCUUGGGGAGGAGGACAUGUCAAUCAAGGUGAGCGACAAGGGUGGCGGAGUCCCCUUUCGCAGGAUGGAGAACCUUUUCAGCUACAUGUACUCCACUGCUCCUACUCCACAGAUAGGAGAGCGCACACGGCCUCCACUGGCUGGCUUCGGCUACGGUCUGCCCAUCUCUCGUCUCUACGCCAAGUACUUCCAGGGGGACCUGCAGCUCUACUCCAUGGAGGGCCACGGCACAGAAGCUGUCAUCUACUUGAAGGCGCUGUCCACAGACUCCAUUGAAAGGCUGCCGGUGUACAAUAAAACUGCUCUGAAGAACUACAAAGUGAGCCAAGAGGCCGAUGACUGGUGCAUACCCAGUAAAGAGCCUCUAGAUAUGAGCAUCUAUAAGGUUCCCAAGUGAAAAUGUCCUUCAAGCUUACAUACCAUGAAGCCUUCAGAAUUUCUGUCUUCAUAUUCCCAGGUCGUCAUCUGUCAAGGCAGAUGUCGGCACCUAACAUUUUCGUACUGAGAGGAUUCUCUCCAGACUAAAGCAGACAGCCCUCUUAUCGUUAGCUUUAGCAGUAGUAUGUUCAUGUUGCUUUCAGUCCCUGCACUCCUUUUUGAGUUCUUCAUAGGAAAGUUGAAAAUGGUGCAUCGUGAGUCAAAGGCAGCACCUGAAAUGGUAUAGGUGUGGUGUUGCGACUGAAAACAGAAGGGAUAGGAGUGGAACGAUGUAAAGGAGUCUUUUAAAUAUUCCAGUUUAAGACGCCACACAUGCAGUUAUGUCAUUAAAGCAGAUGUUAGAGGAGCAACAAAGAGAGGUAUUCAGUUAAACAACCUGUUGUUGAACUAUUGGAAGAGAUCAACCAGAUUCUGUAGGAAAUUUCACGCAAGCCUUAUAGUAGCAACUUCACCCAAGGGCUCAUUUCAUUGAAAUACUUGAAGCAUCUAAAAUAAUACUCAUGUUGCACCGUGUUAACUUUUUAAAGUACUGUUAUGCUGUUGAGUCUGUAGAUUUGAACAAAUGUAAAUUGAGUGUUUAUUGUGCUUUCUGCAUGGAUAUUUCUCUCGAGCUUUUGAUAUUUCAGCCUUUUUAAAGAUCACAGUGUUCACGUUGACUGAUAAGAUACAGGGUUAUCUUAACACCAGUUUUCUGGGCAGGGCUGAAUGUAAUCCACUCUCCUCUGUGCAUUAAUUUGCAAUAAUUAGUAUUACAUGAAGUGCAGAACUAUAGGGCCCCAGUUCUCUCUGAUAUACCAGCUUUGACAGAGGAUUUGCCAUGCUUUGUGUUUGGAGGUUUAAUGCUUUUCGCUGAGUUCAAUAGAGGCUAGUGUUAUGAAACCCCAGGAGGCAGUGCAAGUCAUGUUUGAGCUCUACCAAUCUGUGCUCCAAUAACACAAGGCCAGUCUCAGAUUGUUUAUUACACUGUGCCAUAUGAGGAAGAAAUGUCCUGGGUCCAUAUGUGUUGUAAAUGCAGUUUUCUUUUGUAUUAAAUUUAUCUUAUUCAUACAAUAAGUUAAAGUUAUUUUUAUAGCUACACUUUUUGUGAAAUGAUUGUACAUAGUGUGAAUAAAUACAAAUAAUAAUACAAAUAAAAACUUCAGAAUUGC